ACUUCCGGGGCGGCCAUUUUGGGCGGUCCGUGGCCGGUCGGUGCGGCGGGGGCGGGUUCGGGUUCGGCCCGGGCUGCGGGGCUGUGACAGAGACCGUGACAAGGGCCGUGACAGCGGCCGUGACAGCGGCCGGGGACGGGGGACACCUGCGCUGGGCACUGUUGGGGCGCCGCUGCAGGAGCAGAGCCGCCGCCAGGGCUGAACGGCCGCCCGGGGACCGCAGGGCCCGCCUGCCCCCGCCAUGUCGGACUUCGAUAGCAACCCGUUCGCCGACCCGGACCUCAACAACCCCUUCAAGGAUCCUUCUGUUACACAAGUGACAAGAAAUGUUCCUCCAGGGCUUGAUGAGUACAAUCCGUUCUCUGAUUCAAGAACAGCUCCUCCAGGAAAUGUGAAAAUGCCUAAUGUACCCAGUACCCAGCCAGCAAUAAUGAAACCAACAGAAGAACCAUCUUCCUACACACAGAUAGCAAAGGAGCAUGCCUUGGCCCAGGCAGAACUGCUAAAGCGUCAAGAAGAACUGGAAAGAAAAGCAGCUGAACUAGAUCGCAGAGAAAGGGAAAUGCAGAGUCUCAAUCAGCAAGGAGGCAGAAAAAAUAACUGGCCACCUCUUCCUGAGAAUUUUCCUGUAGGUCCUUGUUUUUACCAGGAUUUUUCAGUAGACAUUCCAGUAGAAUUCCAGAAGACAGUAAAGAUUAUGUACUAUCUGUGGAUGUUCGAUACAGUGACACUAUUUCUUAAUAUCUUUGGAUGUUUGGCCUGGUUUUAUGUUGAUGCUUCACGAGGAGUUGAUUUUGGAUUGAGUAUUCUCUGGUUCUUGCUUUUUACUCCUUGUUCUUUUGUCUGCUGGUACAGACCACUUUAUGGAGCUUUCAGGAGUGACAGUUCAUUCAGGUUCUUUGUGUUCUUCUUUGUAUAUAUCUGUCAGUUUGCUGUACAUGUACUUCAAGCUGCAGGAUUUCAAAGAUGGGGAAAUUGUGGGUGGAUUUCAUCUCUUACUGGACUUAAUAAGAGUAUUCCUGUUGGCAUUAUGAUGAUAAUCAUAGCUGCACUUUUCACAGCAUCUGCUGUUAUCUCACUAGUUAUGUUUAAAAAGGUGCACGGGCUCUACCGCACAACUGGUGCGAGCUUUGAGAAAGCGCAGCAGGAGUUUGCCACAGGAGUGAUGUCCAACAAAACUGUUCAAACUGCUGCGGCCAAUGCUGCCUCGACAGCGGCCACCAGUGCAGCUCAAAAUGCAUUCAAGGGGAACCGAAUGUAGGGAAACAAAAUCACCACGGUUCUCUUCAACGGUUCUUUAUUUUCCAGUCACUUACCAUGUUCCCUAAAUGCCUACAUCAAAAUUCACACAGCAUGUUUGUUUCUUCUGCAGAUAUGCAUGGGUUAAAUGGGAAAUGUUUGGUUUAUUUUAUUAUAAAUUUAUUUAUUUUAAGAAGAAGACCGUUCUUUUCUCUUUAACAUGUUGAAUUCUACAAUAUAAAGCUUUCCGUAUUUUAUUGGGGAUAAAUCAUUUCAACAACUGGCCUGAGAAUGAACUGCAGUGUACAAUGAUCAAAUCAAUGUAUUAAGAAUCUUAGGUUUUAUAGCAGUUCACUCCAGUACUUCAUUUUUAACUUCAGGAAAGCACUUCAGAUUGAUUAUUUUUCUUCACAAGAACUGAUUUCCCUAUUUCUAUCAUAAGAGAGAUGUAAAAAGUUAGGUUUGGCUACUGCUUUUGCAAUUUCAGCAGCUGUUAGAGGUCAAAUGCAAGUAAGGCAGAGAGUAUAAAUUCUUCUCUUGGUUUUUUUUGAGGAUAUGUCUUUUGAUAGAAACCUGAAAGUUUGCAUGAAUACUGUUGAGUUAACCUGAUCUUGUUUAAGUAGUGUUUUGGUCCAGAAUUUACCUGCGCCACUUUAUAGCAUUUGUUUAUAUCUAUUUCCAUGGAGUAUUCUCUACCUGUGAGAAAUUACUAUGGAGCAUAAAUAUUUUCUGUAAUAGAAUGUGUAAUAAUGCAGUGUACAGUUUAAGGAAGUUAACUGGGGAUUUCAAUCACAAAGCUACAUGAUUACAUAUUUGCUAUUUUUAACUUCAGUAUUCACAUAUCCCCUGUCCCUCUUCUAUUUGCAGUGGUAUUUUCAUUUUAUUUGGGAUUUUUUUUGUUAGUUUUUUGUUGGAGUUUUUUUUUCAAGUUUAGAUUUAUGUUUAACAGUGGUACUAAAUUUCUAGCCUGGACAGUCACUCUGUUUACUGCCUGUCCAAAACACUAUGUAUAAAGUAUUUAAUUUUCUAGCAGGAAUAUUGUGUAAAAUCAGGCUCUUUAAGCGAUGACAUUUAACAGAUACUUGAAUGAAUUUUAAUGUUAACUCAUCCAUCUCUGUGAUGUGAUUUAAGCUAUAGUAAAAAAGCUUUUAAACUUUUUGAUUUGGCAAAGGGAGAAAUGUUUAAUAAAGUUAACUCAUUGAACUGGAAGCCCAAGACCUUAGAUCAGUGCUGGGAAACUAACAAUUCCUCAUGUUACAUACCAUCACAAUAUUCUAGAUUAUAAUAUAAUCAGAUUUUUGUAUAGAGUGAGUUUCUCUCCUUUGAAGACCUUACAUGCUUGGAUUGCCUCAUGAGACUUGUAUACAAUACUUAGACAGUUUUUCAGACUCUCUAAUAGAAUGGAAAGAUGACAUCCUACAACCUGUGUAAGUACACACUUUGGCUGAAAUGAAUUCAGCUCUUAAGGUGAAUUAUCUUUAAUAACACAGCAUAAAGUUCUGAGGCCCUUCCAUGUUCUGAAUGUGAACUGAAUUUCAUAGAGSCUUUUUCACUACACUGUAUUCAUAAUAAUAGAAGCUCAUUAAAAAAACACUCCCCUAGCUUAAUCCCUGAAUCACUAAUAUAGUGUUAGCAUGAAUUCUCCUAUUAAUCUCCUUUCUUUUACUUAUUUCUUUAAACACAAUUUGAAUUUGAAUAAACGUCAUAGUUUCACCUAUGCUGAAGUUCAUAUUAAUGAAUAUACUUGCUUAAAUAUUCUAUGUAACAAGGCUGUUAAAAUGUCAUAAUAGUGGACAAGCUGACAUUUAACUUAAAUUUGUGUGGAAUGUUUUUAAAGCUUUCUAGAUGAAAGUCACUGUUCCCUGCUGAGAUUGGGGAYCAUCAUUCUAGCAACUGUAUAUCAAGAUUUUCUUUUCAUAUUUUAAACUUAACUUGAGGGUUGAAUCUAAGAACUCUACUAUGGAUUACUUUUUAAUCUAAAUUUAGGGAAUUCUUUUGGUAUCCCUUGGAAUAGGGAUAGGAAUAGCAGGGACAUCUUCCUUCCAAUUUAACUGAAGUUGAAGAUUGCAUAAUAACAUACAUUAGCAAAAAACAAACCCACACACAUUAGGAAUAAAAUCUGAAUUUGACUGUUAGAUUUUUUUCUCAAAUGUUUGAAGGUUUUUUGAGAAAACAUACGUAAUGUUCUGUGUAUAAGAAUUGUUGAUUUGUAUUAUCAUGGGUUGAAUGUACAGGUUUAAGCCUUCUGAGUGAAAUUCAGAGUUGUGUCACAUGUGAGUUCUUUAAACCAGAAAUUGCUGACACUUUGCAGCCCAGAAGGGAGGGAAAAGUUUGUUUAGCUUUGACAAUAGAAGGCUGAGAUUUGUUAAAACAUUUUAUAUCUAAAAACUAGAUUUUAAAAUCUCUUGUUAAUCAGAGUAUGGCGCCCACUUGAGUUGUCAUAUUGUAGUAUUGUGACAAACUGAGUACAAGUUAUGAAGUUUAAACACUGGAAUGUCAGUAGUCAUUGGUCUGUAAUUUAGGAGUUGUUUUAAUUUAUCUUAGGAUGUUUGUAUAUUUUGUAAAUUACUAACAAUGUUCUGCCAUCCUGGUGAUUGUCAUGGUUCAAAUGCACUUCUUCUGUCCCUCUGUUGCAUGUCUGGGUAGUUCAGAAGUUUUGUAUAUUUAUUGUAUUAACACAGUGUCAUAGAAUAAAAAAAUACUUUUUUCCUUAGUGUUCGCUCUGUAUAGUUUUGACCAAUAAUGGGGAUUUUUCUUCUAACAGUCAGGGUGAUGUGCAGGGAAGAUGAUUUAUGUAAAAGUCUGACUUGCUUUUUAUAAUUCUGUAUAUAGAUGCUGUAUUUCUGCUGAAAUGGUGUAGCAAAAUGUCCACUAUCAAUAAAUCUGGUUAAAGAGUAUUAUUCUACUCAACUGUUAUGAAGAAAAUUCUUAAAAUACUUGCAGCUUACCUUCUUGUGCUGUAAAUUCACAAGGGUUAAAAUUAAACAUGCUCUGUCAUGGCUGAAUGGAAUUCUACAGGUAUUAAGUGAAUCUUAAAACAUUAUUGAAAGUAAAAUGAAGUUGCUGAAAAAAACAUUGCUUUGGUAGUGUUCAUUUUCCUAAUUGAUGCCAAUGAAUUGGCAUUUCUGUGUCACUGUUGUGUCCUGCUUUUUUUUUUUUAAAGUUUUUAAAAAAACUUUUUUAGGCACGAUCAAACCUAUUCAUUUUUUUUUCCAUAUAAUGUCAGUUAUAGCACCUGCCCACUAGUACUCAUCUUUUUACUGGGUUUCCUUUGAAGAGCAGAAUGGCUUAAUCUAGACCAUUGUGCUGUAGUUAAGUUUGCAAAUGCAUGAUACAGAGAUCAUGCAUAUACAGAGAACAGUGAUCUGAGGUACACUCAGGAUUAUUUUGGGAGAUGGCAGAUGUGUUUUUGAAGACUCUUGCACACGCAUCAGUCAGUAUUGAAAUUGUUCAUCAGCUUGAUCUUUCUUUGUAAUUCAAAGAUCUAGGAUGGCAAAGAGAGCAGACUGAAGGAAGAAGUUUUGUACUUUCUUGUAAAUGUAAGCACGAUCGUGCCACAUGAUCGAGUCAUGCUUUGUGUUUAGAAUUAUUACAUGGUGUUAAUGCUCUUGAUGGGAGAUAGUUCCUCUGGUUUGCUGAGGCUUAUUUCCUCAAGAGAUUGUAAGCAUGGAGUUGGAAAGGCAUGCACACACUAGGAGAAAAGCAUGGGUUAAGAGAACUGUGAUUAAAAAUACUCAGUGAUACUUCAGGGAAGAUAUUUCUGUCAAGGAAAAGGCAUACACCUGGAGCAUUCUGGUUAUGAAUCCAGUAUAGGGCACAGUACCGGAUAAUUAAAACUGUUCAGUUUGACKCAGUUACACAUAUAUGUAUUUGUAAUUUUCCUACAAAUUUUAUGUCUGCAGGUAGCUUUUAUUCUCGUAAUUAGAAAACUCAGGAAGAUUUACAAAGGAAGUAGUGCAGAUCUCUUAGCUGAGCAGCAAAAGCCAGUGAAACUUUAUGCAAGCAUUAAACUAGAUACUGUGUCAUGUGAUACUGAGGAAAAAAGAAAAAAGACAUUGAUAAGGAAGUAUGACUUGUGGCUCAGGCUGCUGUAUGUUUUUCUGUAGAAAAAAAACAACUGUCCAGCAGUUUAAUGAAAGCAUAUGUAGCUCAACCAAAAUGUGCUUUUUGUUGGAUGAAAGUGAUUACAUCGAAGAGUUGUACUUUCAAUACAUUUAUUAUCUUUUAAUACACAUGGAGCUGUUAACAUUAGGUAAUGUGUGUGUAUAUAUAUAUAUAAAAUAAGUAUACUCUCCUGCUUUUGUGAGUGUUCCUUCGUGUUCGUGUUACAUUACACUCAGAUAUGAAGGCAAAUAGUAUAGAGAAGCUGCUGUUUAGAGUGUUGAGAAUACCAGGUUUUACUACUUUAUAUCCAUGAUUCAUGAAGGGAAACCUCCAGCCAGAGAGAUGGGAAAUGUUGAGGACUGAUUUAUAUUGAUCAAGUUGGAGGCUGUAUUAGUAAAAAUUGGGCUGGUGCAGGCCUGGAAACUAGGCUGACCUCAGUUACUUGAGGCUGUGCACUUGGCUUUCCUGCUCUGCGACUCUGUGCAGCUGGAGUUGGGUAGGCUACACUGGCUGGASCCCAGCCUAAUGUACACAACAGCUGCCUCUGACCACUGGUGCCUCCAUGGCAGCAGCUGCUCUGCCACUGGUGCAGCUGACAAUGCUGCAAGUAGAUUUUAUCAUGUUUAUAGCCUAAUUAAACAAUUGUGUGUAUCUGAGCUGUAAUCAUUGCUCACAUGCCAAAGCAUGGUUGUUUUUAAGUGCAGAGCUGUUCUCUUUGUUGUACCUGUAUUUUUUAGAGGAAUGCAGUUUGUUCUUUUUACAGGAGUGCAUGAUGCUUUAAAGGAAAAAAGCAUAUCCUGAAUUAGGAGUAGGGUCACACUUCUUGUUCAAGGGAAGAGAACAACUGGAAGAACCAAUUUUGUYAGAAAAUAUCUAAAUCACCUCUGAGAUAACUGAGUGCAACCUAUCACCUAUUAAUUUAAAUCGGUGAAUUCAUUAAAUUUGGAWUUUUUUUUCCUUUACCUUGGCCAGACCAAAUUACUGAUCCCACUGCAUCUGAGUGAUACCUUAACCAGUUAGUGAUUCCUACACUCUCAAAAUUCACUGAUACGAAGAUAUAAAUAAAAUAAAUGGCAUCRAUUUGAAAACAAACUUUCAGUGAAUCGCAGGACAAGACCCCAUCCUGGUAUUCCUGGCACUGUGAGACUGAUAAUAGACAUCUACUUUGUGAUUGCAUCACUGUUAUAAACCCAACUGGAGCUUGGGCACCAAGUUAUAGGAAUUGUAACAACACACACAAUUAGAGACUUGAACUCUGUGCUUAACUUUACUGAAAAAGGAAGGUAAUAUUUUUAGCUACUCCAAUCAGUAUGUCAUAAUUUCUUUAAGCAUUUUUUAUAUUGGUAAACGCUCUAUGUAUGUAUACCUGUUUUGUAAUUCAUAAACUUACAUGAUAGUGGUGCAUUCAGUGGCACCUGUCCCCUUACUUCUGGACUGUAGGUUUCUAAAGGUUCCAAGUUAGACGAGUAAUUAAACUACAUGUAAUUAAUUAUAUAUGAAUUUAAUAGAAGUGGAACAUAGCAACUGAGAAAUAAGUGACAUAUUGACUUUUCUUUAAAUUGCUGAAGCCUUGCUUCUCAUUCUGCUACGGACUGGCUUUGUAAUGUUUCUCUAGUUUUGUCAUGUCACAGUUGAAAGGUGCAACAUACUGUGGCAAACACCAUUUUAAAGGUCUGCAUGUGAUGAAGCAGUAUUUGUUUUACAACCAUUACUACCCCUUUCCAUCAGCAAGGAACUGCAGAGCUUUAGUUGCAAAAUGAAACACAUUUGUCAGAACUGUAUGCAAUUUGAAAGUCUCUUUAAUGCAACUGUAUUGUAUAACACAUAGUUACAAUUUCAGAUCACAUACUUUUGAUCAGUAAGCAGUAAUAAUUGUUAAAGUCAGAUGGGAAUCUGAAAUACAUCAUUGGACUGGGAUCUAAAAUGCUAUUAAAGCUGCAAUUAAAGCUCAACUUGGCUCAACUUGUCCAAUAUGUUGAAUUCAGGUAGUCAGACUCCUGUUAAAAGUUCAAAAACUCACAUUUAAUUGAUAUUUAGAUUAAAAAGAAGACAUUAGGUACAUCAUUCAUGCUAACAAAUGUACAUAGUGGUGAGUCAAGAACAGAAAAACAGUACCACAAAUAAACCAUGGCUCAAAACCUACUCUAGCUGGAUCGGUGCAGCCGCUCAUCCUAUACCGAGGAGCUGUGUAUGCGUUGCUGCCGUGCUCUGCUUUUGUUGGACUCURCCCUUUCCUUGAGGCAGGCACCAAUGCCCAUGGCUGUCAAGGAAGGCCUGAACUCCUCCAUUUACCACUAGGACAUGGGAAACUUGGGUAAGGGGGGGUUGGGGUAGCAAUGCAAAAUGGAAAUGAUUUGGCUGAAAAAAACCUCAAAAUCCAGAGAACUUUAUUGACUAAAAWAGAUAUAAAGCAAUAUAGACAACCCAGAAACAGCUCA